AUGGGAUACAAACCCUUCCGCUCGACCUACUAUGACGACCGCAUGCGGGCAUCGCCGGCCCUGCUGCGAACCCGCGCGCCGUACCUGAUCAAAAACACCAUCACCGGCUUCGCUAUCUGCACCCUGGUUGUUGGCAUCUACACAUACACCAUCAAUGCCAUCUCACAGGAUGAGUUCGAGGAUGUCAUCGUACCGGACAAGCCUCUAGACCGAGCCGCACAGCCACUGGGCACCACCCAAGCACUCCAGCAGGCGGUCGAAGCGCGCAAGUAG